AUGACCAACGGCUUGGCACCUAGAAUGCCAUCAACGACAAAAACUAAUCAGUUACUUGUAGCACGUUCUUCCAUCUCCACUUCCCCCACGAUAGCCGCCGCGUCCGCUGCCUUGUGGACAGUCGCGAGCAAGGUGACCAUCCUCACCACAAUUAUAACAGCCGCGACUGCCAGAAGAGUACCCACCCCUUCCGUCACCGCCACCACGGCGGCCGCCGCCGCUACCUUGUGGGCAGUCGCGGGCGAGAUGACCCUCUUCGCCACAGUUGUAGCAGCCUCCACUAGCUUGUGGACACUCACGGGCGAGGUGACCCACUUCACCGCAGUUGUAGCAACCGCCACCUAG